GCCGGGUUGCGUGCGGCACUCCAUCGAGUACAUCGCUUCUCAAGUGACUGAUCUUGAAGUUGGUAAACCGAUGAACCCGGUGGAGUUUAGAAACCUGGUUGAGGCGCGCCAGUGGACUUGCGUCGAGCAAGCGCAUGACGAAUCCAAGACGAACACUCGCCUUGACACCUACCUCAAUGUUGGCAACCCGUGCGCCCGAGAGAAGUUCGAUCGAGCUUACGCGAGCGUGGUAGGACGCAACCCUCUGAAGGAGCCGACACUCGAGGACAUGGUGCGAGACUACCACAAGAAACACGACAAAGAGAACAGCCACUCGUGCGGCUACCUCCGUGCUUGGAUCGAGUGGGGCACACUGCAGUUUGGUGAUGGUCUCAAAUUCGCACAGGAGCUCGUCAUGUGGAUGAGGAAGGGAAGAGAAGAUCGAGGGAAUUUUCUCAUCAUGGAGGGCUCAGCGGGAACGGGUAAGUCAUGGGGGACGACUUACCCGCUCAAGAAGAUCCUCUUGGCGCACGGGUACGAUAAACCAGGCGAAGGGUCGUACGUUUUAGAACGAUUAGGAUCAAAGCACCCUCUCAUUCUAGCUUUUGUGUUGGAUGAGUUGGACAUAGGAACGAUCAAGGACUGGCUCUCCACGCCUGAAAUGAAGGGAACAGGUUGGUGGAAGCGGUUCUUGGGUAUGAUUUGUGACCCGGUAAUUAAUUU